AUUCGCUCUAUUCGACCCCGCUGCCGUAGGCGAGCGCUGCGAUGGGGAGUCGCGCUGCUCUGUUCCUCCCCAAACUACGUAAAAGGUGGCAUCUUUCUCGAAUCCGCCUCCAUUGCUCUCCUCCUCCCCUGCGUUCCUGGUCCCCUGUUUCCCCUCUCGAUUCGUUACGUACUUGGUUUGUCGCCCGGAGCUUGAGUUAUGCCUCGGUCAGUUUCGUGCUCUCCAAAGACAGGUCUCCUGUUGUCUCUCUCGGUCCGUUCCACGUUCGUUGGGUUAAGCGGAGCUUGAGCCACGGCUCGGUCAACCUCGUCCUCAACGACGGGAAGCCGCGGUUCGAGACCCACGAGAUCGAGCAGCCCAAGAAGGGGAAGUACCGGACGAAGAAGAGGCUGAAGCUGCAGCGGAAGCGGGAGAGGCGGAAGAGGAGGGAGGCGAGCAAGACGGACCCGCGAAGAAUCCGGCCCAAGGGCAAGAAGAAUAAGGUGAGGUUCCCCACCGCGGAGGACCGGAUCAAGUAUAAGAUGGAGAAGGCCAAAAUUAAGGAAGCCUUGCUGGUUGAAAAGCUAAAGAAAUAUGAAAUUUCGAAAGUUGAAGGUCCAGAGAUCAAACCACAAGUCUUGACUGGGGAGGAACGCUUUUACUUGAAAAAAAUGGCCCAAAAGAAGUCCAAUUAUGUACCUGUCGGAAGGCGAGGCAUCUUUGGAGGUGUAAUAUUGAACAUGCAUUUGCACUGGAAAAAACAUGAAACAGUUAAAGUCAUCUGCAGGCCAUGUAAAACAGGCCAAGUUCAUGAAUAUGCAAAAGAAUUAGCAAGACUGAGUGGUGGGAUACCAAUCCAAAUUAUUGGCAGCGACACAAUAAUAUUUUAUCGGGGAAAGAACUAUGUUCAACCAGAAGUUAUGUCACCCAUUGAUACACUAUCCAAGAAGAAAGCACUUGAAAAGUCCAAAUAUGAACAAUCAUUGGACACAGUAAGGCACUUUAUUGCAAUAUCUGAGAAGGAACUUGAACUUUAUUACAGACAUGUUGCACUCUAUGGUGACCCAAACUUUCGGAACGCAGAUUUGGUUUAUGGGGAUGGAAAACAAGGGCCCCAAGUGAGGAUAUCAGAAAAGCCACCUUCAACUGAGAACAUAAGUAUCAACUCAACCAGUCAUGAUGCUUCUGCAAGUCUAUUUGAUGAAGAAAAUUUCUCUUCAACUGGUGAUGAUGACAUGUCUGAUGAUAAUUCUGAUGAUGAAAUUUGCUCAUCAGCUAGUGAUGAUAUGUCUGAACAUUUUUGCGAUGAAGAAAGUGUCUGUUUGUCUCAUGACAAUUCAGCUACAUCUCUUUCAGAAGCAGAGUCUGAUUCUGAUGACGGACAACUCGGGGCAGUUGAAAUUGACUCUGAAGGAGAACCAGUGUUGGAUUUCGAAGUGAAUUCGGAAGAUGAAGAAAACACUGCAUGCUAGACUCUUUGAGGCUUUCACUGGGAGAAGAAAAGAAAAGUGAGAUAAUUGAGUUUAAGCAACAAACCACCGCAAGUCUUGACCAGAAAGUAAAUAUUUGAGGCCAGCUACAUAGAAAGUGAUGCUCCUGUUUUAUGUUUUUUCGAGCUUGCGUCCAGCUAUGGAAAGAUAUGCUAUACAUCAUGGGAACAAAGCAUUUUUUUUCUUAAAAUGGUGAUAUCUCAAUCUUUCACAGCUACUGAAGCCUUGGAUUUUCUUGCAAUGAAUUUAAGAAAUGUGCUACAUUUUCAUAUCAUUUUUAUCAUGAUUAAUCUUGUCAUCCCUGUUGAUGCUGCAACCAACAAAAAUUUAAGCUCAGAUACUUCUUUAUCUUGUUGUUUAAAUUGCCUUUUCAGAUACAAUAGUAUAUCUCACUUUAUCUGACAUCCAGAUUGUAUGAUCAUGGCCAUGUUGUACAACAUAUAAAAUAUAAAUGAAUAUAUAUAUAUAUAUAUAUAUAUAUAUAUAUAUAUAUAUAUAUAUAUGAGAAUAUAUAGGUGAGCCAUUGAUAUUGCAGUAAAUCCAGAUCCUGGGCGACAUGAAAACCGUGUUUACAAUUUCCAUCACCACAGAAUUGGUAUCUAUCUUUAUAAUUUGAUGGACAGUCUUUUGAACUUCUUACAUUUGUUAGUCUGGUUUCCUGACCUCUAUCCAUCUAUGUUCUUUUUCUUGGUUUCUAAUAGAAGCAAGAUACUGGAGCUACAUGGAAUGCAAAAUGAAUUCAGAGGCAUUAUUCCUGUGAUUUUGUUUAUUUUGAUCCAAGGGAUGGAAAACAAGGGCCCCAAGUGAGGAUAUCAGAAAAGCCACCUUCAACUGAGAACAUAAGUAUCAACUCAACCAGUCAUGAUGCUUCUGCAAGUCUAUUUGAUGAAGAAAAUUUCUCUUCAACUGGUGAUGAUGACAUGUCUGAUGAUAAUUCUGAUGAUGAAAUUUGCUCAUCAGCUAGUGAUGAUAUGUCUGAACAUUUUUGCGAUGAAGAAAGUGUCUGUUUGUCUCAUGACAAUUCAGCUACAUCUCUUUCAGAAGCAGAGUCUGAUUCUGAUGACGGACAACUCGGGGCAGUUGAAAUUGACUCUGAAGGAGAACCAGUGUUGGAUUUCGAAGUGAAUUCGGAAGAUGAAGAAAACACUGCAUGCUAGACUCUUUGAGGCUUUCACUGGGAGAAGAAAAGAAAAGUGAGAUAAUUGAGUUUAAGCAACAAACCACCGCAAGUCUUGACCAGAAAGUAAAUAUUUGAGGCCAGCUACAUAGAAAGUGAUGCUCCUGUUUUAUGUUUUUUCGAGCUUGCGUCCAGCUAUGGAAAGAUAUGCUAUACAUCAUGGGAACAAAGCAUUUUUUUUCUUAAAAUGAAGCAAGAUACUGGAGCUACAUGGAAUGCAAAAUGAAUUCAGAGGCAUUAUUCCUGUGAUUUUGUUUAUUUUGAUCCAAGGGAAGGCCCUAACCGAUGCUGCUUCAGUGAACUAUUAUGUCACCAAGCUUUCUGAAGGUUUUCUCGUGGCUUGUCCAUUUCUCACCUCCAAGAGUCUUAACAUGAUGGUUUAAUGGCUAGCUGGCAGUUCUACACUGGUGCAUUAUGUGCGAGAUAAGCAAAUUCUUCAUCAAGGUUUUCACUUUUUUCUGAGAGCAGCACAAGAUGUUUCUUAGCUGCUGCUGCCAAGGAACACGAGAUGAACUGGGACUUUGAUGUUAUCCCUCUGAAUGGUGAUUGAGCCUCUCACUGGAAUGAUCUAACUGGAAGACCGAAUGACUGGUCCAGUACUCGAUCCAGGUUCUCGCAUGGCAUUAACUCAAAUUGUGAUUUUGUUUACUCUCUUCUAGACUUUACAUGCGCAGGAGCCUCUUGCACUGAGGUCAUCCUUUUAAACUUCUCAUCUCCUUGAGCAGCAAGUAUUGGAAAUGAUACUGCUUCAUACACUUUACACCUUUGUGAUCACUAGAUCAGCUCACAGUAGUAAACAUGCAACCAGCAGGGGACAAAUACAAUAUCAGGUUACGAGUGUAAGAUAUCUACAAUGAACAGGAGUUCUCAGGUCAGUAGAGGGAAUGAAAUGAAUCGAGUUAGAAACCAUCUGCCCUUUUACAGUGCCCCGAGCAAGUAGUAGUCCUAUGGUUUUCUAUUCGUGUUUACUGGUGCCCAGAGAUCAGCGCCAUUGCUUCGGGCAAUCUGGAAUGUGGAGGACAGCGGCACAAGACACAGGCCACGGCUUCUGAGGCUGUAAUGAUCAUCCCCCUGGAUCACAUUACAAAGAGAAAGAGAUGGUUAUCAGCGAAAGGGGUCUGCGACCCACCUUGAAUCUCUCUGAGUAACUGAGAAUUCGAUUGAAGAGAGAGCUGACCUCCAUCUUCCCUGUCAUUGCCUUCCUGAGAUAUGGAGCACAGAGCACCUGCGAUGCACACGGUUUGAUGACAUGUGAAGAGAGAGAGAGCUAAGAAUACCGAUGGGACUGUAGAUUGUCAGCAGAUUAAGAGAGGGAGGGGAAACCUGGAGUUGUUCAUGGAGGAAUUUAAUGUAUGCAGUGGCCUCCGAAAGAACAGAUGCUGUGUCUGACUGCAUUCACAGAAAGCAAUAACAAAAUUUGAGGUGGGAACAAAAGUAUUGCUGUGCAGCCAUCAGAACUGGGUUGAUGUCUGCCAACCUUCCCAAAAGGCGAGACCAGUUGUUGCAGCUUUGCCACUCUCUCUCCCAUCCUGUCCUUCUCCUGAUCACCCGUCUUAAACACCAUCAUCAUUCCGAACACCCUAUCGUUGCAAGUUUAUGUCAGCAUCACAGGAAGAGAAGAGAACACAGACCUUGGUGGACGUAGCAGCUCCUCUUCCACCAUCGCUAGUUUUGGGCCUCUUUACCCCACUGCUGUCAUUGUGACUUCUCGAUGAACCGCUCAUGUCGCGAAGAACGAAGCCAUCAUGGCUUGCUCGUUUGUGAUCUGCCACUUCUGUCAUCAUCAUCUUCUUCUUCUUCUUCUUCUUCUUCUUGCUGCUGCUACACUGUCACGGACAUCUCGUGUUAAGUGCGUGGAUUAAGAGCUCCUGUCCCGGAAGAUUAAAAAAAAAAACGUGUAUUCAGGGUCAGAUUUCGAGACUGCAAGAUCUUAUCAGAAUGGCCGUCAGCUUUUGACCAAGUGCUGCGAUUAAUCUUUGACGAAAUGGUACGUCUCGUCGUUCCCGUCUUGCUGCCUCCUAUUCUAAUAUAUUAUAUUGUGCUCGUCUUCUUACUCCCUACGAUUAUAUUGCAUCUGUUUCCUUGUCACCCUUUUUACCUUUUGCUUCUAGAGAUGCCAUCACAGGGUAAACCCACCCAUGUCUGAAAACUUCACUAGGCACACACAGAGAGAGAGAGAGAGAGAGAGAGAGAGAGAGAGAGAGCUUUUUAUCAA